AAUGGAUGAAUAGGGAUGAAUGACCUAACUCGUGAAUGUCAUUGAUUCAUCAUUUUACGCGAUUCUGUAGAAAAGUAAACAUUAAUAGAUAAUGAUAAACUUUCUUAGCCAUAAGCUAGAACCUGUGGUUCAUAGCGAUGUCGUAGAUGAUGACAAUCAUCCUGUGCAGAAUCUCAUUGCCAAGAACCCACAAAAGCUAGAUCAAGGAUUUAUGGCGUAUUCGGUGACGAAACCUCCCGUCGAGCUGACAUUCAGUUUGUUCUGUCCCAUAACGAUCCAUCGUAUCAAGCUGUGGCCUAGACUGGGAGCAUUGCGCACAACAUCGGUGGAUAUAUUUGGAAAAAAUCAAAAUGGAAAAUACGAAAAAAUAGGAACAGGAGAAUCAGACACGGCGGAUGUUUUCGAAUUCGUUAAUGUUCGUCGAGAAAUUCCUAUCAGUGAUGAUCUGUCUUAUUCCAGCAUGAUCUUCACAUUGUUUCCAACCAUGGGGCACUUAUUAACAGAUUGUGCCGAAAUUAAAAUUACGAUACGCAAAACAGCGCGCUGUGUCCCCGUUAUAAGAAAAGUCGAAAUUUGGGGUCUUCCUUCAAAACAUUGCCAAGAAACUGUCAAGUCAGCAGCCAAAGAAAUGUGGAAAAGAUCUCAUAUUAUAAAACCCUGUGUAAUUCCUGUCUGGAAACCAGUCCCUGAUAACACUUCCGAGGAAAUAACGGACACUCCGGAUGAGUUUUUGGAUGAACUGACUUAUGAGAUUAUGACUUUUCCUAUGAUUUUACCAUCAGGGAAAAUAAUCGAUCAAAGAACCAUUGAAAGACACAACGUUGAAGAGGAAAAAUGGGGUCGUCAGCCUAGUGACCCUUUUACCAGUUUGACCUACACCGAUUCUAGGAAACCAAUAUUCAAUGCUGCCCUCAAGUCACGUAUCGAUCAAUAUCUUCUUAAACAUGCGAACUCGAAUCGCUAUCAACAUAUUCCACGUACAGUGGGAACUGCUAAUCCAUAUCAACCCUUACGACAAAGCUUGAGCAGAAAAAGGAAACGUUCUCCGGAUGAAGUUCCAAUGUUAAAUUUAUCAUGUUCAUCUUUAGAAGCAGAAAUACGGAAAGCUCUGUCGACAACCACCCGUUAUACGCUUACAUCAGAGGAACAGAAAGUGGAACUUUACGAGUCGGAUGAUUCGUCGUGUCACAGCUGCCGAAAAUCUCUUGGCAGAUUUUACAAAAUAGAAUCUUGCCAGCACCUCAUCUGCCGGGAGUGUUUGGAGGAUGAUCAACUGUUCGUUGAUCAAUCGGGUAAAGCACUGAGGAUGGCCAGUUGUAGCUGUGGCGUUCGUUUCAAGAGACAAGCUGUUCAGCGGUAUCAUUGUGGACAGUGAAGAAUGAUGUACUAAGAAGGUUUACUGAAUAAAGACAUCAUAGUGUACGGAAUGAAA